AUGACACCACCAUCGAGCAACCACUUCAUCCUCUCCUUCCCCAAACCUCACGUCCUCCUCGUUACCAUCAACCGCCCCAAACAACGCAACUCUAUCCCCUCCGACGCCCACUGGGACGCCCACACCAUCUUCUCCUGGUUCGACAACGAGCCAUCCCUCCUCGUCGCCAUCAUCACCGGUGCCGGCGACAAAGCGUUCUGCGCGGGCCAAGACCUCACCGAACAGAGCCAAAAUGCGACCGCAAAGCGCGAAAAGGGAGGAACACAACAACUGCACCACCCGCCUACAGGGUUCCUCGGGCUGAGUCAAAGAAAGGGGAAGAAGCCGGUGCUCGCGGCUGUGAAUGGAUUUGCAUUGGGUGGCGGGUUUGAAACAUGCUUGAACUGUGACAUGAUAGUAGCAUCCCCUACCGCAACCUUCGGUCUCCCUGAAAUCACCGUGGGCCUAUACGCGGCUGCCGGCGGCCUUCCCCGUCUCGCGCAAAUCACCGGCCUCCCGCUCGCCUCUGAACUAGCACUAACCGCCCGCCGACUAUCAGCCCAGGAAGCCCUUGAUUAUCGACUAAUCAACCGGAUCUCGGCAAGCCCCGUGGAAGAAUGCGUGAAGCUAGCGGAGGCGAUGGGGAAAUUCUCGCCAGACGCGGUUAUCGUGACUCGGCAGGGGCUGAGGGAGGCUUGGGAGACGGGGAGUGUGGAGGAGGCGGGGAGGAGGACGAAGCAGGAGUAUGGGGAGAAGUUGUUUAGGGGGGAGAAUUUUCGGAUUGGGGUGCAGGCGUUUGCGAAGAAGGAGAAGCCGAGGUGGGUGGCUUCGAAGUUGUGA